AUGUCUUUCUACGGCGGAGACGACGGAGACGGCAGCGCACGAUGGGGUUCAUCCUCACGCGGUGGAAGCGCGGGCCCAAGCAACAUCACUGGCAUCACGGCCGGCACCGGCUCGCGUCCCUUUCUCUCGCGACUGGAAGACUCGAUGGCCGGCUCGCCUCCUCCCAACAACUACGACGGAGGGGGAGGCUAUGGAGGAGGAGGCAGGCAUUUUGACGAGGAGGGAGUGUUCUCUGCUGAGGCGCUGUCUCCUGGCCCCGAGGAAGGCGAGCUCGACGACCUCCGUCGACUGGGUCGCGUGUGGGUGCGCGAGCGCGGCACACCUGACAUCCUCGCAUGGGAGGGCGACCUCAUCGAUUCGCUGUUGGACAAGCUUGAACAGCAGCAAAAGAUGCUGGCGACACUGCGCGCCGACCCAGCCACCUCGGAGGAGGAGCAUUUCCGUCUCGUCCUCGUCCAGACUGAAAUGGAACGCGCCAAGUACCUCGUUAGGUCGUACGUGCGAACAAGAUUGCACAAGAUUGAGAAGUAUUCCCAACACAUUGGCAACUCUCCAGAACUACAGGCCCACCUGUCCGGUGCUGAGCUCCAACACGCGCGGCGCUACGCCGACCUUGUCGCCUCUCACUUCCAGCACUCGGUACUCGACUCUCUGCCGGAAUGGAUGCGCCGAACAGACGAAAUGACUAAUGACGGCGUGUCCAUGGUCUCGACACCAAACGUCGACACGCCCGUGCUGGUGUACUGUCGCAAGGACUGCGGGGAGAUCACGGUUGGGCGUGGAGAGCUACCCGUGCAGCUCAAUGAGGGCACGACGCAUUUGGUGCGGUACCACCUUGUUAAGCGCUGGAUCGAGCUCGGGUGGGCCGAAGUCCUGUAG